AGAGUCACACCUCCUAAUGAACGCACGAACGAUGGAUCAGUUUAAAAAUUCAUUAGACCUGUACGAACAGCGGCGUUCCAAUCGACUUGCUGCUAAACCCGAUGUCACUGCUGCCACCAUAAGACAAAAACCACCGACGACCAAAAGCAAUAUGAAAGCUGACGCAACCGAUGCAAAAGAAGUCCGUUGCUACAACUGCACGCAGAUGGGACACUACCAGAGCAAAUGCCCGUACGAAAAGCGACCAGACAGUAGCUGCUUCCGGUGCUGGAAGAUUGGACAUGACCACCGAAGUUGUCCCAACCCGAAGAAAAUGCUGAAGCCAGUGAAAAAUACCGCCGCUGCUGUUGCCGAUGCCACUGAUGAACGAAGCCACCCUAGUUGUCGAGAAGAUGAAGACCUUGACGAUUUUCGAAGUGCUGUAGAUGCUAUUAAUUUGUCCAACUAACUUCAUACGCAAAUCUGAUGUGCCGACGCCGAAUAAUAUUUCGAAUAUUGCUGUCAAGUCAAAGUAUACCGGUCUUGGAAAACAAAAACUGAUGACAUACGGAACAAUCAAAGCCGAAAUAAAAUUCAAAAAUCGUUGCGGGAAUGUAUUUUUACAUGUAGUGCCAGAUAAAAC